CGGAAUACUCAUAAUUACAUUUUCGCAGUGUGUGGAGGUUUUGACUGUAAACAUAGUGAUGUAGGAUUUGUCAGUAUGUGGUAACUACGAUUGUUGCGUUAUCUGCUGUAAAUCGGAGCCAUCGAAUUUAAUGUGGAUUUCCUAUGGAGGGACUCCACGUAUACCCAUUCGUCAAAUCCUGCCUCCUUACUGGUUUAGUUUUACGUGAUGUAAAAAAUACUUUGAAAGUCUGUCGGAGUUAACUGCAAUAUCAAUCAAUCAUUUUGUUUGCGCAGAUUUUGAAGUGGUUCCUAUGAAGGAUCCUGAUUGCUAUGGGCUCAACAUGGCUGAUCGGCACCAGAGAGAGGACAUCAGCUUAUGGGCAGGAGUACAGAGCCCAGCUGUGGGGGAUAUGUCCACUCAAGGAAUGUCAGCAGAUUUGUUCAAGUGGAAGCAUGCCAACCCCCAUGUCUCUGGGGAUUAUGGAAGUUUAAAUCCUGAACAUCCUGUGAAUAGCCACAAUGACCAUGCUUCAGGCCUCCGUCAUAUUAGUACUGGAAGUUCGGGCAGUUACCGUAGCAGCACAGGAAGUGUGAGUGGACCAUCAACGCCAACGAACAAUACCCCUCUAGUGAUCCCCCACCCGGUAAAACCAACCAACAAAGCGGGGAAGUCAUACCACUGUAAAACGUGUGAUCAGAUUUUUACAACAAAAUCGGACAUGUUGAUUCACAGUCAACAAAUACACAAACAAGAUCCAAAGCCCUAUCGCUGCCCAACAUGCCAAAGAUGUUUUGCAAAUUCCUCGUAUCUCUCUCAGCACAAUCGGAUACAUGCAGGAAUUCGUCCGUAUAAAUGUGAAAUCUGUGAACGAAAAUUCACCCAGUUGUCGCAUCUCCAACAGCACAUCCGAACGCAUACAGGGGAAAAACCUUACAAAUGUAUGCAUCCGGGGUGCGGCAAGGCUUUCUCUCAAUUAUCCAAUCUUCAGUCACAUUCAAGAUCCCAUAUGACUGACAAACCUUUUAGGUGUAACUCAUGUUAUAAAUGCUAUGCUGAUGAACAAAGUUUACGGGAGCAUAUCCCAAAACAUUCUGAUACGAAGCAUUUAAAAACACAUAUUUGUCGCAUCUGUGGCAAGUCCUACACACAGGAGACAUACCUAGCAAGACACAUGUCCAAACACUCGCAGGACAAUUUGAAUAUAAACAAAAUUGUAUCCAGUCGACCAAUCAAACAAGAGCCACAUGAUCAUUCCAAUGGGGCAACGGAUUACAGCCGGCUGCCUGAGCGUUCCACAGAUGGUGCAACAACUCCUUGUGGAAAAGUAUCUUCUGCAUUUAUGCCUAUUCCACAGUUUGGAGGUAAUGUACCCAGCUCCACUAAUUCUGGUUACCCAUUCAGUACAUCUCUUCCAAAUAAUUCGCCCUUGAGCCCAUCGCUCCCACAUAUAUCAUCCAUGGCGUCUCGGAGUUACUUUCCCUACGACCCUAUAAACUUCAGAAAAAACGAUGUACCCGAGCGCUCACUGAAUGCUUCAAUGAGUAGGGAUAACCAGUUUCUUGCUAACAGUUUACUCAGUCUACAGCAAAUUAAGAACUAUGCCACUCAUCAGAUGCCAAGCUUUGCUCCCACUUGUUCCAGUGGAGGAGCUAGACUAGCAUAAGUAUGCUGAUGUAGGGUUGUUGGCAUGUGUAAUAAAACUUUAGAAUCCAUUAUUACUAUUGUAUUAGUGUACCUUAUAUAUGUUUCUUAGUGUCAAAUUCUCUUCGUAGAAUCUUGUGCUGUCUCUCUCCAUUUUUUUUUUUUAGCACAUUAAGUCCCAGUUCUGAAAUUGAAGAACAUUUUUGGAAAUUGGAACAAUUUUGUACUCUAAAUAAAUCUUAAACUAUUUACUGAAUAUGUAUAUAUUUUAGCAUCCUAAAGUUCAAAAUUUAGCCCAGUUUGACAGCAAAGCAUUCUUCAGUUCAUUCUUGAUAUUGAAAGUUAGUGCUAAAAUAUUUAUGAAUAAUAAUGGUAAAUUGAGUUAUAUCUUAGCAGUGAUGAAAAUAUAUCUCUCAGAAGGGAACUACCCUUCCACAAUAGGGUUCCUGCUAAGAUAACUAAACAUACAGUAACCUAAAUCACUUAUAAUCUUAGAAACAGUAGAUUUGUAUUCACCAGAUUCAAUAUUUGCAUACCUUCUAUACAGAAAGUUAUGUGACUUCAUAUUAUUUUUCACAAGAACUUUAUUAUUGAGACAAUCUUGUAAAUUUUUAACACUGAAAAAUAUUUUUUUUUAUAAUUAGAAUAUGAACUUGCAGUAUAUAGUUUAUGACAAGUCUUUUCUUCCUCUCGAAAAAAUUCUGUCAUAUUUAAUUUUGGAUAUAAAUAAUUGGGACAUAAUACAUGUAUUUGAAUAUAUUGACAUAUUGGACAUAUUUAUUGCAUUGUAGAUAUUGUUUUUGUACAUAAAAUUGUUAUUAUGAUUAAAUAUAUAUAUAUAAUUAUGAGAUGUAUAUGUAAAGAGAGAGACUGUUAUAACUGUAUCUUUGUGUAUGACGAUGGGGAAAGUUAACCCGAAAUGGGGCCGAUAUUCAAAGUAUAUCAAAGGUGCUAAUAUAUUCUGAUAACAUUGCAAUGUUCUGUUUUGCACACAUAUCAUUGGACAAUGGACAGAGUUUCCGAGCUCUCUAACAAGUACUGAUGCAUUUGUUUCUAUUUUUUGUUUAUCAUAUAUGUAAGGUUGAGCUUUAUGUAUAUGUUUGCACUAUGUUCUUAUUUUGUCAGGCUCUGUCCACUUGAAAGACUUAAUAGUGCAAUUUCUAUUUCAAAAAUCAGAUUUUAUUCCUUUAUUUUUUAUUCAUUGUCAGUAAUACCGACUCUCAUUUUUAUUAUUUUUUCUUACAUUGUCGAUUUAUCCUUAAAAAGAGAAUUAGCAGCAAAUGCAGAUUAUUGAAAUAAGAUUUUUUUUUUAAUUAAAAAGCUUUGUCUCAAAGACAAUAGGAAAGUAUUAAAAAUACUUUUCUUUAUAUACAACCACUGUAUUACCAGUGAUCUCAGAAUAUUAACGCAAAAUAAUUAUCAAAAGACUGCAUUUUAAUUAUUUAUGUAUAUUUCUUUAGAAUCAAGUUCCAUGCACAAAUUAAACUUGGUUUUAUAGACAUUGAAAUUGACGUUUACUGAUAUCUGAUGUCACUUUGAAAUGCUGAUCUGGGAAUUUUAAAAGCAGUUUUUAAUUUAUCAAAUUGAUUUUGGGAUAUUCAAAUUUAAAAACAGUAGAUAAUGGUUUUUCCUUUUAUUGUUUAAAGUGCAUUUAUGUAAUUGUUUCUAGUCUUAAAAUGUCAGUACUUAAUCUACUAAACACGACAUAAAAUAGAAAUAUAGUGAAAUAUUCAGUCAUUUUAGAAUCUGUUUAUUUUGUUUAAAAACAUAUAUAACAGUGACAGACGUCUUUAUGCAAUCAAGACAGUAUUUUGUAGAUGAUUUCAGCACAGAUUGCGUUUGAGCUUAGAUCACUUAUGUGAAUGGCAGAACUUAAUAUAAAUUGGCUCAACUUUGUAUAGAAUAUAUUACUUAUUGCUCAAUGUGUGAAUAUACGUAGACAAUUUUUGUAUGUUCUAGUGGCACUGACGUAAGAGUAUUCUGUCAACAUCAAUGAGACACUGUCAUUUCUAACUGUUGUUUUGGUUCACUGCUAGGACAAUGGUCAACGAUGUGAAUUUCAUGAGUCAUGUCUAAAAAUUAAUUAGUGGGAAAAGAUAAUCAUAUUAACAUAUUUGGCAGCAUCUUUUUGUUUUUCUGGUCCAUUUAGGUGCCAAAUUUUCUUAGAAAUGGCUAUGUAAUAUUUCACAUGCUUGAAUUUUCUUUUAAACCAAUUUCAAAAUCUAAAAGUAAUUAUAAAAAAAAUCUGGGUCAAGAAGAAUCUUUAUUUUUUUUCUUUUAUGAAUAACAGUAGCUUGUCCAUAGGGCAGUUUUUUUUUUUAUCAAAUUUACUCCUAUGUAACUGUUUAUAAUGUAAAUAGUUUAUCAUGGUAAAUUUUCUUAGGCAGCAUGGCUGGAUCAUUUUAUUUGCUAGGGGGUGGAAUCGUACAGGACAGCUUCACUUUGUUCACCGACAUCUCGUUUUUCACAACAUAGUCCCAAUGAUAAUUGGUUUAUGAAUCAUAUUUUUGUUAAACAAGAUAAACAUUUACAAAGCUUUCAUAACAUUUUUGCCAAUUAUAGGCAUUAAAAUGACGGUGUGUAUGUAAUCUCUGUGUAAUUUUUAUCACAGUGUUCGAUGUAUUUCCUUGUUGAAGUGUAAUGUAUCUGAAUAAUUUCAUCUGCAUUGUACUUGAAUGAUUUUACUUGAGGAAUUAGCAUACCAAAGACUUUGAGUGUGUAAGACAGAAAGAUCUCGUAGGCAGGGUAAUUAUGAUCUGUUUUCAUUAUGUAUGACAACUUAACUCACAUUUUAUUGUACGUCACGUGGCAUUUAUUCUGUGUUGUGAUUGGUGGAAAAUGUUCCAGUAACUUUAAUAGUCUCCUACAAUGUUUGUCCUGGGACCGUUGUUAUGGAGAUGUGUCAUGUGGUUCGGACCCAUUUAUCCCCAGACCUAUAUAUAUAUUAUGUCUGUCAAAGCUCCUGCUUGUAAAAUUUUCAUUGUAAAUCACUUCUGUAUUCUUUUCCAUGCACUCCACCCCACGUCCUGAAUAGUUUUUUCAUCAACUCUAGAGAGCGAAGUCAAUUCUUAUGGUUUAUAUUUCUGCAUUCAUUGUGGGAAUUGAUGAAUAUUUUAUAUUACAAUUAAAUUUAUAUUGCAUAACAUUUUGAAGUAUGGAAUAAAAAUGUUCUGUGGCCAAUGAAGCAAAUAGUACAACAUUAUAAUGUAAUAAAAUCUAAUCGAUUUGAUACCUCCGCUUUCAUGUCUGUUAAUGGCUGAAAUUUAAUUCAUGUGUGGCCCAUUACUGUAAGGUUUAAUUUUGAUUUAGUCAGAAUUCGAAAUUUAUUUAAAUUGUCUGGCUCAGACAUUUUAUUUUUUAUUCAAAUGUAGGUUUCCAAUCGGCCCCAAAUCAAAAGAAAAUGCAUGUCAUUCAGUCAAACUGCGGGGGUAGUUGACUUGAUGAAGAAUCAUUUCAUGAACUUUCAGAAGCAGCUAAUUUACAACAUAAUGUUAAAGAAUUUUGAUGAAGAAUACUAUGCAGGGCAUUACAAUCUUUUCAUGAAUCACAUGACAGUAAUUAAAUUUAAGUGGGAUUUUUAUGUUGAAUGUCUAUUAAUCGAUGUCUACUUGGUUUACUUUAAGUAAGAUUUUAGUGUUCCUUUUGGAACAGUUGUAAUGCUACAUAGGGACAAAAUGAGGGGAAGUUUUUUUAAUUUGUCGAUGGAGAUAUGAAAAUAACUAAGAGGGGUUUAAAAAAGGGGAGGGGUUUAUAGGACCACAUUUUUUUGUGUUCCAGACCUAAGUCUAAGGGGGCACAUUUAGGGAAAUCCAACUUAAUUUUUGUAAUUUUCCAAUUGUUAGUUCACAAGAGUAAAAAUUAUCAUUUUGACCCGUCGUUUAAAGUACCAGAUCAAGGACUUGAAGCUCAAUUGUAAUAUUCUUGCUGACAAUACAGAAAAUCAAGUACUAUUCUUACAAAUAUGUAAUUGUGAAAUGAUAUGGAUUGUACAUCAGUUUUUUUUCAACUCAAAACUUGCACUCUGUAUUUUAUCUGUAAGUCUUCUAUUUUCUACUUUUGAUAUUUGUCUUUUUCUCUUGUCCAUAUGUGAUUAAUCUUUAAGGAAUCUCAUUUUGAACGACACGCUUUAAUGACACAGUCAAAAGCCAUGCUUCGUCAUCUGUCCCAGCAGCUGUGCUUAACCAAGUUAAGACUUCAUUCUCAUUGUUGACAUGCAAGUUGCUAAAGCAACUCUAAAAAGUACUGUGAUUGGACAACAUCGUGUCACGUGUCACUUGGUGGUCAGUUGUGUUUAGUGCUAUAUUGUAUCAUUGCUUUUGUUAUAAAAUAAAUUGUAGAAAACAUUC